AUGGAUUUCUUAUCUUCACGAGCACGUAUAGAAAGGCUGCCGUCUCCAGGUGUUCUGCCUCGUGAUGAUGAUUUGGUUGAACUUUUAAAAUCUCCUGACUUCGACACACGUCUACAAACUCUAAACCGGGCAACAAAUCUAAGUAAACGGGAUCCCGGAUGGUUCUCAAGGUUUCAAAGAAAAGGAGAUCUUUUUAAAAGUUUGGAUAGAAUUCUGGUUGACGAUAGAUGGGAAGUACAGCAUCAAUGUAUUAAGUUCUUAAUUGAGUCGAUGCCUGUUUUUGGAAGUAGUUUAGAGUAUUGCAUGUGCUAUGUGAUGCCGAACAUCAUCACAAAGCUUGGAUCUUCGAAAAUAACUGUUCGUCGAGCAUCCAUUCAAUUAAUACAGAACUAUUUGAAAUUUCAACCCAUUGCUUUAGGAUCGUUAUUAAAAAUGGUAACAUAUUUUCUUAUACAAACUAAAGAGAGCAAAACUCUGAAGUCCGAAGUGAUUUCUGAGCUUCCUUCGUUGUUCAUACCUGAGGUCUCACAGUCUAAUUUUUUUUUACUACUUCAAACCCUGCUGUCUUAUACUCCACACUCAGACAAAGAUAAUGAAAGCGUAGCUCAUGUUUUACAGAAGUUACGAGUUUUUGUUGGAAAGGAUAGCUUCUCCCAUAUUUUACAGAGUCUAACAGACGCAGAAAAGAAAAAGUUUCAAAGUUUCGAAUAUCUUAUGAAGAAUGAAAAAGUAGAGAUUGAGCGAGGUGGAUCUUCGUCUUCACUGGGAAGGAUAAGCGCUAAAUAUUCUCAAGAAAGACGUUUCCGGUUUGCCAUAGUGCCCAUGUUCAUAUCAGCAAUGAUCACAGAUGAAGAUGCUUCACAGAAAAUCUCAGGACUAGAAAAACUAAAGCAGAUUAUUGAGAAAAUUGGAGCCGAAGAUAUUCAAAAGUUUGUUCCUCAUCUACAUUCCUAUCUCAUGACUAUGGGUCAUGUUUUAUCAGAUUUAAAUUUCAAAGUUGUUGUUCUCUCUCUAGAUGUACUUCGCCUCACUGUUAAUCGUUUGAAAAACAAUAUUGAUGCUCAUCUGCAGCAAGUUAUUUCAUUGUUAUCAAAACAUUUCGGAAAUCAAAAAGCUGUUAUCAAGCAACUGAUCAUGAUGACAUGUAUGGAUUUGUUCCAAAACUUACAACCCAAAUCGGUCAUAGGAGCAUUAUCUGUUUUUUUGGAGAACAGGAAUUCACGCAUUCGAGAAGAGGUGGUGAAUAUAAUUACUUCAGCUCUAAUGGUUAUUUCGGCUACAAAAAUCAAUUUCACCGCCAUAAUAAACAUUCUGGUUCCAAUGCUUCUAGAUCCAAAACGUAGAGUAAGAUUAGCGGCUUUUGAACAAAUUUCCGUUGUCGCUUAUUUAAUGAACGGAAAAGUUGAUUCACUUUUGAAAGCGAUACGAGAAGCUGAACAGAAAAGUUCGUGUACUGGUUUGACAACAGCGGUCCAAGCUAGAAUUCGCCGACACUUACUUCCAAGAAUUCGAUAUGAUGGGUUAAUUGAAUACUCUACUCCUCCAGUGUCAGAUAACUCUUUCGAUAUUGACGAAGCUCAACUUGUUCUAGACGAUAAUAUGGACUUACAUUUCAUUCUACAUGGAGCAGGAGACCACGAAAGGGCUAUAUCCCCAGUAUCAGCAAUUGAUUUGAAAGGCAUAGCAAGUCUUCCUCGACGAGCUCCAACAACCGAGAACGACCAGAGCAACUUUGAGAGCUAUAAAAUCAAUUUGAACUCUAGUACAAACUCUUGGCACACACCUCCCAGGCGAAAAGUAUCGCUCACUCUCGAAGACAGAUCAGCUUCUGCCGCUAUUGUGAGAAACAACUUUGCUCAGAAAGACUCUUUAGAGAAAGCAAAUAGCACUUCAAACGUUGAAAACCAACCUCCAGCCUUCUUUGAUGAUGCUCCAAUUAGAUCAGCUAAAACAGAUACUUCCACUAUAUAUGACGUCACAGUUCCAAGGAGUAACAGUCACCACAACUUGAACAUGGCUCCAUCCGCACAUGCAUCCAUAAAAUCUACGAUGUCAUCUCCCGGUAAAAAAGCUCAUAAUUUCUUGAAAUGCGGUGGAGGAAAUAGAGCUAAAACUGUGGUUAAACGGCAACCUUCACCAUCGAAACCUGGAGAAAACACAAAAAAACAAUUAAGUUCUGUGAAGACAGCAAUAGAAGCAAUCACUGAUGAAGACUGGGCUCAAAAGGUGAUAGGUCUCCAAACGAUUUCCAGUUUAGCUUCGAGUAAUUCAAUACUAUUGCAUGAUCAUAUCAAAGAGAUUGUUAAAGCCGUUAUAUCGGAAUGCAAGAAUUUGAGAUCCAGCGUUUCACGCGUCGCUUUGUCUUGUUUAGGCAACUUAUUUCAAGGUCUAGCCUCUAAGAUGGAUCCGGAAGUGGAUAAGUGUGCCAGUAUCCUUAUGAACAAAACAGGAGAUGUAUCUAAUGCUUUCAUCAGGGAUGAUGCUUCAGCGGCACUAGAAAAGCUAGCGGCUUAUUCUAGUCCUUACAAAGCUAUGAUAGCAAUACUGAAUGCAGGAUCAAGUUCGAAAAACAAUACUAUACGAGCAGCAUGCGCCCAAUUCGUGGAUAAGUUAAUCAAUAGGAUUGGAACAAGCCAGCUUCUAUCAAAUACUGACCAUCUUUCUAAUGUACUACCACAUUUAAUUUCCUUUGCUAAAGACAGAAAUCCACAUGUUCGACAACAAGGGAAACAAUCCUUAUUAAAACUCAGCGAGGUUUCACAUUUUGAUAAGUCAAUGAAAAAGGUAUCUGAAGUGAUGUAUAAAAAAGUGGAAGAGGCACUCGAAUCAAAUAAAAAAAAUAGAUCCACUACGCCUAAUGGUUUACUCACAAAUCCUGCAAUGAAAUCAGAUUCUAUUAACAAAAAGCAGAUUCUUAAAUAA